CGAGCUAUUCUACUCUAAGCUCUUUUUCAAGUUAUUUACCACCGYUCCCUUGUUGUUUUAGGAGGAGACUCGUCUUUCUAAAAGAAGCUGCGGACKUUAAGUAGUUUGUUGUUACCCGCUUCAACAGCUGGACCCGGAAUGGACAGUGAGAUCCAACGAGACGGGAGAGUCCUGGAUCUGACCGAUGAUGCCUGGAGGGAAGACAAACUGCCUUAUGAAGAUGUUUCCAUCCCACUGAGUGAGCUGCCAGAGGCCGAACAGGACAAUGGAGGAUCCACAGAGUCUGUGAAAGAGCAGGAAAUGAAGUGGACAGACCUCGCCCUGCAGAGUCUGCAUGAAAACACACCAAGUUCUGGGAGCUGAACAUAAACCGCAACAUAAACGGACGGUGGCAUUAGUCACAUGAAACUUAAUACCUUUGAUUUAUUCUUCAUAUAAUAUUGCUUUGUAAUAGCGAGUAUAAAAUACAUCCAAUGGCAAGACUGUUCUGCCAUGUGUUGUGCGUCAACUAUGAAAGGAAGUCUUUAUUUUAGGAAGCUGCAACACAAACUCGGAGUACAGUGGUGGCAGAUUUAAAUAUACCAUCAGCUCCACCUGUGAUUCAAGUUCAUACCACUGAGAUCCAUUUUUCACAAAACCCUAUUUAGAUUGCUUAAAGCUUGAAGUAAAUGUUUGACCUGAAACACAAAUUGUAUCAUGAGUACCAUAUACUCUUCUGCAAAAAAAUUGAAAUCUGUGAUGAGGAAUGCCAUAAUGCAAGAACAAGUUGCUGAAGUAUAUAUUUCUACAGCAUUCUACCUUAAUACUGCCUGUUUUAAUAUGGUAAUUAUUUUACUAAAUCCCAUAAAGUUCAUCAGUAAGACAAAAGACUAAGUUUAUUUUCUGCAAAGGUUUUUUUGUGAUGCAUCUGAUAAUUAAAGGUGCUUUGACGAUUUGUGACCACUUGAUGUCGCUAUAAGACAUUAAGAAUGUUGACUUAAACUAUUCAUAAAGUACAUAAUUGACAUGUCAUCAAAUACAGGUUAAAAACAACUAUUCUUAAAGCACACUGAUAAAAAAAUGAAAUUAAAGUUUGAAUUUUCUUCUAUAACUGUAUGAGACACCAGAUUUUGGACACUUUAUUUUGAUGAACCUACAGAUGAAUUUUAAAUUUACAGCUUUUGAAUCCRAAACAGCUUUUAAUUUUCAGACCUUGAAAAUUCAAAUACUCCUUUUUUAUACUUGUCCAAACACCAGACUUAAUGAAACAGACAUUUGGGAGCUGAAUAGAACAACUUCUAUCAUUUAAUGCAGGACUUGAUGUGCUCAAAUGUUUCAGGGCUUCCUUUGUUUGAUGACAGUUUUAUUAUCCUGGGCAAACUAAUUUUAAUGUUAUAAAUAUAGACUUCUACAGGUCACAUAUUCAGAUGGAGGUUUGGCCCUGGAGAGACCUGUUGUUAACUUUUAUUUGAGUUUGGGUUCUGCUUCUGCCAAGUUGUUGCUCUCAGUAGCAGUGAUUGGUUUCACAACAUGUGUUUGUUGUGGAGAAAUGGUAAAACACUGGUUCUUUGCCUGUUUUUAACUCACUGGUACUGAGUAUUUGUGUUGACAGUUUCAUGUUCAUCCUACGAUUAAAAUGAUCUGAGUCAUUAUUACAGAA